AUGGCCACCCUGUUGAAUACACACCUUUUGCCCUAUCUUUCCUUGAAGUUCCUUUCAGGUGCUGGAAGGCCUCAGCUCAUCACUGUAGUGGUGCCCCCACCAAGACUCCAAAACCACAUGCUCCUCCCUCCUGCUCCCCAGCUUUCCCCCUCCCACCUGCAGUGGGAUGGAUUGAGACUUGGAGGCACAAAAGGAGUUUGGCAGACCAAGAUCAGCAGCCGUGAAAAGAGACACUUAAGGAAGGAAAGGCUGAAACAAAAAGAUCCCAGCAGAGCGUCCCUGGGCAGCUCAGGGGUUGAGCCAGCCUUUGACUGGGAUGAGAAGGGAGCAGUGUGGCCACUCACAGAGGACACCAGUGGUGGUGGAAGAGGUGCUUUCUGUGCCAAGGCAGAGCUGAAGGGCUCAGGAACCCUGCGGGAAGAACCGGCACCCUCCAGAUCAGAAGAUGAUGUUUUCUCCAAUGUAGGUGACCCUUCAGUGAUUGACCUGGACUCUGACUGGAAGGCUCCCACGGAGGAGUGGGGAAACUGGACCGGAGAUGAGGAGCAUCAGGGGAGGGAUGAGAAGAAGGAUUUGCCAAAAGGCAAAGCAGGCAUUCGUUUCUGCCUUUCUGGAUCUGAAAGCAAAACACGACAGAAGAAGAAGAAAAUGGAAGUGAAGGAAGCAAGUGGUGGAGCUGGACUGAGGCAUUCCCAGCAAGGUUUGCAAACAAGAAUGGAAGAAGGCCCCAGGGACUUAAGAUCUACAAAACAUAGCAGUGAUGCAGUCGAUGCUUCCUUCGAAAAAUCCUUGGACAUUGUUAAUAAUUCAGCCAAUAAUGGGGCUCACAGAAUUCGAGCCGCCUCUCAACUACGUGCACGUCUCCAGAAAACAGACGGGAACGUCUCUAGACAACGCAGCAUUCCUGCCAGGUUCCGGCUCUUCAAACCCCGGGCGAGCCGCUCCCCGCGGGCCAGGCGGGCAGGGCAGCACCUCUCCCCGCCAAACCCGCCUGAGGGCCGGCGGCAGAGGCGGGCAGAGCCCAAGAUGGCGGAAAGGGCACCGCCCCCACCUCAGGUGGUGAACUUGCUGAUGGGCAUCCUGUUGACAGUAGAAGUGACUCAUCCAAAUAUGGUGCCAACUGUUGAUAUCCAGUAUGAAGUCAUUGGAAAUUACUAUGCUUCCGAGAGAAUGGCUGAAAAUGCCUGCGUUCUGUUUGCUAUCUCCCUCCUCAUGUUCACGAUCAGUGCAAUGAUGGUGUAUGGUGCCAUUGCUCAUCGUGUAGGCUGGCUGAUCCCAUUUUUCUGUUACCAACUCUUUGACUUCGUGCUCAGUUGUCUGGUUGCCAUCAGCUCUCUAACCUACUUGCCCAGAAUCAAGGAUUACCUGGAUCAGUUGCCGGAUUUCCCUUACAAAGAUGAUCUCCUUUCUUUGGACUCCAGCUGUCUCUUGUUUAUUGUUCUGGUGUUCUUUGUUUUAUUUAUCAUUUUAAAGGCAUAUCUAAUUAACUGUGUAUGGAACUGCUAUAAAUACAUCAUCAACAGAAAUUUGCCAGAGAUUGCUGUCUACCCUGCUUUUGAAGCUCCUCCACAGUAUGUUCUGCCAACCUAUGAAAUGGCAGUGAAGAUGCCUGAGAAGGAACCUCCACCUCCCUACAUACCUGCCUGAAGCAAUUUUUACAUUCAUUAACAUCUGUACCAGCUUCCUGGGGGUUUUUUCUUUUAAUCUUGCAAAACUGCUUAAGUAAUAGAAAUAUUCAGGGCUUUAGGAGCAAACUGUUCUGUUUAAAAUAUAAACUUACUAAGCAAAACACAUCUGAGAGUGAUUUCAUUUGCUUUAAUUUUUGUUCUCCCUAAUGCUCUUAAACAUUUUAUUGCCUUAGGGCCUUACACCUGCAAGAACUUAUGCAUGUGACUAACUUGUGGCUUUUAAUAAUACCAAUCAGCCACUCUGAUUGAAGUUAGCUGUGAUUAUAAGUGUCUGCAGGAUUAUGCCCUUAAUUUAUAUUAAUUUUUUGUAAAGUAGUUCAUAAAGACAAUCUGAUCGUGCAGCAAAAUGACAGUUUGCCUUUAUCCAUUUUUUGGAAGGGGAAGGGUUUGAAUGUGGUAUAUAUGUGACUUUUUUACUUUGCACUUUUCUCAUAUGUUAUCCUAUCUUUUAUUGUGGUUUUUUUUUUUUUGGUUAUCCUAUGUCUUGAAACAGUAUUUUUGAGGAACAAGUGAGGGUGGCACAGGAGUUCUAUUACAACGAGCUGGGAAUGCAAGAAAAAUAAAUAGAAAUGUGGAAGAUGGUUGCAUGCUUCUAAUCUUCUAUGUAUUUUCCUCUUUGUGAUAAAUGAUACUUAAAUAAAUCUUUUACAAAAUGUUUACCA